AUGUCCGACAAGCACGAGGUCACCCAGACCGAGAAUGGCGCCGUCCGUGGUGGCAAGAAGGCCGCUCUCAAGAACCACUGCAAGCGAUUCUGGUGGCUUCAUCUGAUCAUCUUCCUUUGCAUUUCUGCCGCUGUCAUUUGCAUUGUCAUCUUUGUUGGUGUCAAGAACAUCGCUCAGGCUAAGAUCAAUGAUGCCGACCUCCGUAUCCAGAGUGUCAACAUCCUCAACUCUGAGCCCAACAAGUUCCUCAUGGAAAUCAACUCUACCAUUAGCACCGAUGGCACUGUCAAGGCUGACAUUGACCCCUUCGUUGGCAACCUUACUCUCCGCGAUAUUCCCGACGCCAAGCCUUUUGUUCAGCUCAACUUCCCCAAGACCAACGCCAACAAGUUCCAGACUGUCAACAUUAGCCAGACUGUUGAAAUCAGCGACAUGGAGGCAUUUGCUCAGUUCAACAAGUACUUCUUCCAGAACGAGACUCUGCGCGUUGCCAUCGACGGCAAGACCAAGGUCCAGCCCGCCGGUCUCUCAAAGAAGUACGACGUCGACUUCCACAAGGUCGUCACCUUCAAGGGCCUGAACAAGCUCAACGGCACCACCCUGACCGACAUGAAGAUCAAGAUUGGUACUGCUGAGUCUGGCAUCCCCAACUUCAAUGCCACCGCUACCAUCACCAACCCUUCAUACUACACCAUCGACCUCGGCAACGCCACCUUCAACAACUACGCUGACAACCAGCUCCUCGGAAACCUCACCAUCCAGAACUUCAUCAUGCGGCCCGGUGCCAACGUCGUUCCCGUCUCCGCAAUCCUCGACCAGACCAUCAUCAUCUCCGCCGCUUCCAAGAAGCCCUACUGCGAGACUGGCAAGAUCGCCGUCGAACUUCUCGCCACUGAUGUCAAGCAAGGCAGCGGAGAGAUCACCUGGCUCAGAGAUGCCCUCGCCAGCGCCAACCAGACUGUCGAGCUCAGCCUGGCUGAGACAUUCAAGGCCGCUGGUCUCAGCGACUUCAAGGCUACAUGCAGCUCUUAA